CGUCUGGUAUCUCGAAUCUAAGGAACCGGGGGAUUGCCCGAGGAGAGAGAGGACAGAGAUUCCCGCGCUCUCGUACCUCAGCGAUCAAAACCGGCGGGGAGUUCCGAGGAGAGGGUGAAGGACGUCGUGGAGGGGGGAGUGAUGCCGGUGAGGGUGGCACAGCGCCCCCCAAGUGGAAUACCACUCCACGCCGGCGUGCCGGUAGCGCAAAGCAGCGUAACCGCCCCCGGUCCGUCGGGCCGGUGCCUCGGGGGCCCGGCAGCGCCCCCCGCCGGCUCGCCACCGCUGCCGCCGUCCUUGCAAUCACUCGGCGGCGGUGUGAGCAACCCGAACAACAACAACAACAACAGCACCAACGGCCCCUCUGUGAGCAACGGGAACGGUCUGAAUUCUGGCCACAAUCUAGUUGGCACGAACAACACGGGCCAGCAGGUAAUCAACAACACCAGUGGCCUAGGCGUAAACACGACCAGCGGCGCCACCACGAAUCCCUUGCAGGCGAUGGCGUCGGCAGCGGCCUCGCUCACCCAGCUGAACAACAUGGCGAACGGCCCGCUGCCGCCGCUCGCGGCGACCGGACCAACCGGACCGCCUAGCUUACCGCCGCCCCAGCCGGCCACCACGCCGACCCACGGCGGACCGCCAACCCCCCACGCCGGUGGACCCCAUCUGAACGGGGCCUCGCCGAGCCCUCACCCGAUGCCGCCCCACGGGAUCAUGACCGGUUCACCUCAUGCCCCCCAUCCCCAUAUGGGCGGCGGUGGACCGUCGCCGCAUCCGCACCAUCCCGGUCCUCACAUGGUCGGCUCGCCCCAUCAUCCUGGGCCGCAUCCGAUGGGCCCAGCCGCCGGUAUGAUGGGCCCCGCCGGUAUGCAGCCCCAAGGGGCACCCGGUAUGUGCGGUCCUGGACCGGCCGGUCCGAUGGGACCCCAUCCACAUCCCCAAGGACCUGGAGUACCCGGACAGCCGCACAUGCACAACGAUCCCUUUUACUGUUCGCCUUUCGGAUCCCACUACUUCAGGUAA